AUGAACGUCAAGCAUUGCUGUAACUAUACCAAGGUGCGCUACGAAUGUAUCAAUGGCUACAAACUUAUAGAGGGAGACAGAACGCAUCAUUGCAAAGAUGGAAUAUUAUAUGGCAAACAGCCGAGAUGCGGAUUUCCAAAAGGUAAAGUACACGAAAAAAAAAACUGUCUGACAUUGAUGCUGAUAACAAUUGUUUCCUGGUAAUGAACGUUUUUAUUGUAAACGCUUUUCUCACAAUUAUUACUCUCACAACCUUCACUCUUCUUUCAAAUUACCAUGACCAUUAUCAUUAUCCAUUAUUGUUAUAGAUCGCCACCGCCAUUACACGUGUCAUCUCUUCCCACGUCAUCAUAUAUAUAGACGCCAAGCCUGGAGUUAUUUAUCCAGCGCUAUGCAUCGACUCUGAAGGGGAUAUUUAUAAUAAUAAUAAAUAAUAAAGUAUGUAGUUAAACACCGACGAGCGAAAUUUCGUAGCCCUUUUCAGCAAUAUGAUUUGUUGGCGCAACCUCUUCAUUUGCCAUCGAAAAACGCGCAAAACUGGACGCCCAAAUUGAGUCAUGUCCCAAAAUAGUGAAUAGCCAAGGCUUCCUAAUUACACGAACUCCUCAAAACGCGCGAACACUGAUGGCUCUUCAUUGAUUUGGUAAACAAGAGGAAUUGAUAACUGAAGAUCUCUACGGAUCAAUGCAAAUACCUACAAAAUAUAUCAUGUGAUUCUUUUUGCAGUUACAAGUUGUGGUAAUCCACAAACUAUCCGUCACGGCUACUUUGUUGGAUCUGAAUUCACUGUUGGUAGCACCGUGAGAUACAGGUGCGUCCACGGCUACAAACUGCAUGGUCCGGCGGUCAGUAAAUGCAAAAGACAUGGUUCAUGGACUCGGCGUCCAGUAUGUGUGGGUGAGUGUAGGUGAUGAUAUCGUUAACUAUUUCAUGGCUCAAAGCGGUUUUCUUGCAAGCUUUUUUAUUACUUGUUUUAUCAAUGACUUGCACAAUUUACUGUGAAUAUCAAAACUUGCAGGUAGAAAAGGAGGAACCUAAUAGGUAAUAGCGUUAAUAACCCUUAUGAUUAACAUUUACUAGUUUUAUAAGUGAUUUUACACCACGUAAUUUUAGACCACUGCCCUGCAGCUACGUUUAAUGAUAAAAAUUUUUGCAUGAUGCUCCCAAUUGGCGUUGAGAGACAGCCUUCCCGCAAGAGCUCCUCCUCAUCGCCAAGAAGGAAACAACGUUUUUAAAACGUUUUGCAGAAUAACACUCUCCUGGUUUAAGGAUUAUCGCACGUCUCAGCACCGCUGAUUCGUUGCCUUUUUUCUAGCCUGCAUAACAGGCGUUAUUUUUUUCGCGUAUUUCAAUCGUGAAAAAAGUGAAGGCAAGCGCGAGGCGAGUGAGGAGCGCCAGACAUACGCGACGGGAAAGGCGCAAAACAAUUAACUUCCCUAGUUCGUAUGUCAGCUGGCAUUUCUCGCUCGCUUCGAACUUGCCUUCGUUCGUCUCAAAUGAAAAACACAAAAACAUGACGCCUUGUAUGGAGGCUAUCCUUUUUUGGACUUUGCUGCCAAAAAAAAAUUGCUAAAGUUAAGUAAUAAUGCUAAUCUAAUUUCUCUGACUAAAUAUUUUAGAUAAAAGAGUUAUGAAUGUGAACGAAGCUACAGCUUUCAUUCGUCACAGUCUCUUGGAUAACAAAGUUCAACAUCAAUGCAACAAUGCUUCCUGCUUCAAAAAUGGUUUCAGAACACGCCGUUCGCUUGAUUUGGAUUACAAUGGAGGCCUUGAUGUGAUUUUCAUCGUGGAUGUAUCCAAUAGUGUCUCUAAGGAUGACUUUCAGAUUGGACUCAAGUUUGCCCAGGAGCUUAUCAGAGUUUUAGCUGCCACAGUAACGUAAGUGUCUCUUUGAUCAGUCAGCGCCGGGGUAUUAGCGACGCGCUAAUACAACCAGGUACCAAAAUCAUAACACGGUCAUGCAGAGCAGAUCAAAUAAGAUAAGAUAAUUAUAGGUGAGAUGAGAUGAGAUGAAAUGGGAUGGGAUGGGAUGGGAUGGAAUGGGGUGGAAUGGGGUGGGAUGGUAUGAGAUGGGAUAAGGUGAGAUUUGAUCAGAUCAAGGUAUGUAUUAUAAGAUUAACUUAAGAUAAUACAUGUGAAGGUAAAUGUGCUCCAAAACUCUGAUUUUUGACAAAUACAAACAUUUUAUUUUUAAUUUCAUGCUUACAGCCGAGGAGAUGUUCGCUUGGCAGUUGUUUCCUACAACAAUAAACCCGAAACAACUAUGAAUUUUGAAUCUCCUUCAGAGAGAGUAAUAAAAAAGAUUGGGUCGCUAAAGAAGCCUGGCGGCUGCGGGGCGUCUCUAGGAAGAGCCAUGUACAUGACGCGGCGCCGUUUAGUGCCGACUAUGCGAAAGAACAGCAAUAAAGCUAUGUUUAUAAUAAGCACUGGCACCUUAAACAUGGGAACAAGUCACCCCAGAGCAGCAAGGCUACUAGAAAGCGAACAGUCGUUUCAAGUUUUCUCCAUAGCGAUCGGUAAAAACCCCAACAAAAGAGUCUUGUCAACUGUGGCAUCUCAGCCAGAAAAGAGUCACUUGAUAUUUCUGAGGUAUUACGGUGACGUGUUUGAUGCUGUGCGACGAACAGUUACCUUGAAGCAAAGAGGUGAGAUCUUAUGCGUUUUUUUUUGCUACAGUGACAACCACCCUUCCCCCCCCCUUCCAUUGCGUUACAGUAAACGUUCAAAAAUAUAUAUUUUGCAAUGCAGUCGAACAUCAAUGUGCCACUUGGGGGACCUUUUUUCUCAUAUGGGUAAGCGGCCAAAUGCAAAUGUAACACUGAUUUUUCAUGUCUGCCACGGUGGCCCUUUCUCCUUCUUGCUCGUUUCUUGGUUCAUCAACGUCAGUCAUCGACUCUCAGUUUUUAAAGUAGCUUCAGUCAGUAAAUACAGUAAAUGCCAAUGGAGCUCUACCAAAGAUAAAGAGGACACGAUCUACAGAAAAUUUAUUUCCCUUUGUUUGUUUGUUUGAUUUUUCAGAUCCCGCAGAAUGCGGAGUCAGCGUUACUGAGCCAAGACAACGAAUUGUACGAGGCAACAAGGCGACAAGUGGUGUAUGGCCUUGGCAGAUCAAUAUAUACUGGGACGGUAGGCACUGCCGGCCGGCUGUCAUUAAUGCUUAGUCAGGUUUUAGCCGUACAUGAUCCAAUCCCCUGUAGAUUAUACGAAUGUGGCUACAAAGUUAUUUAUUUUAACUCUAUUUUGACAAUUUUACUUUCUUUCGUUUGUGUUUUUAAAGAAAAGAUAAAGAGUCCCUUACGUUCGGUUUAGCGACUCCAUUGACCCUACUAAGACUGCUCAACAGACGAAACUAAACUCUGCAACGCAGGCAAACGCAGGCUGUAUUCACCCUAACAGCUGGAAUUCAACUGGUAUUUUCCUCGUUCUCUUUAGGUGCGCAUGUCUGCAAGGGAGCCCUUAUUGACAAAGAAUGGGUCAUUACUGCCGCUCAUUGUUUUUAUUCCAAGACGUGGAGGCCUGUCGUUCGUCCAGCUUCAAGGUAAUUUACAAAGCUGGAUGCAGAGAGUUAAAUUCCAUAGUCGAGCACCCUAACUGUUAGGCCCUCAUACAAACAAUUAUCUUAAAACUCAAGUAGUUUAGGUUUAUCUUUGGAAAAUGAUUAAUUGGCUAUAACUUCGGCAAAGAUAUGGAGCGUAAUCCAGAUUUGUCACAUAUAAAGAACUCGUCGUCCUUAACAUUUUAAAGUAAAAAUACUGUGUCGAUAAGUCACGUUAUAUGUCACGUGAGCAUUUUGCUAAAAAUUCUAAAUAAUUGUCAAAUUGGUGGCGGGGUGCAAAAACAUUUUUCUUAUUCAUAUUAAAUAUUUCUAACACUUCACGUUUGGAAUGACCGUCCAUUGCAAUUCAAUGAAAAAAAAUAUGAGAGUAAACGUCAUUUUAAAUGCCUUAAUUUAAUCUUGAAUUAUUUAAAAUUUUAAUUUUAAACUUCGCCUACAUUUAUUCCAAACGUAGAAAGUUAGGUAUGUUUAUUCUCUAUCAGAAACACCAAUUUAUUUAUCCCAACAAAGGAAAUUCGCGAAUUUCCUUCAUUUUCAAUUUUUAGUCUCGUGACAUGUCACAUGACCAUAAUUAAACGUUAAAGCACAAGAAGACGUCAAGAUUUACAUUUGGGGAAAAUUCGAUUCAUUUUUCUCUAUACAAUUUAGCGAGAGAAAUUGCCAAUCAAUCAUAUGCUCCGAACCCACCUUGGACCCAAGGCCUUGAACUCCUUGAGAAGGUAAAAGAGAUUCAAUUCCCGCUCCAUCCGCAAGCAUCUCUCUGGAAUCCAGCUUUUAAUAUGCCUGAAACUUGCCUUUGUCCCUAGUAAAAUGAUUCAAACCUUAAAAACUGACAAAUUCAUUAAAACUUUAACCAUGACUUUAGUUAAGAACCAACCACACGUUUUUGUGUGCACCACAGUUAUUUAUCAAUGAGAGAAGGGCUAGCGUUCAAGAGGUCAUCCUUUGAAGACCAAGUUUUCCUCUCGAGAUUUCUACGCAUGCGUAGGGUGAAAACUUCAUAGUUGCAAUUGUUUGUCUUCACAGAUACACGAUAAAAGCGGGAGGACAUCAUCUGGGAGAUAGAAAGACCAGUCCGGAACAACUUAUUGAAGCUACUAAAAUUUUCAUUCACGACAACUACAAGCGCCGAAAUCAUGAAAAUGACAUCGCUCUCGUGAAGCUAAAUCGCAAAGUUAAACUUGGGAAGUAUGUCAGCCCGGUAUGCUUACCAGAAAAAGACAAGGAUUUGGCAAUACCUGGAAAACAUGGUUAUGUAGCGGGAUGGGGAGAAAAACAAACUCACAUGAAACAGGAAAGAAAGUCUUCAGGCAGACAAAGCCGCAAGAAGAGCCGGUCCAGAGUCACACUCCAUAUCGCGUUGUCCAUCUUGUCUAAAAAAGUCUGCAUAAACAGCACCAAGCAAGCAUUUAACAGCAGUUUGAUGUUUUGUGCUGGAGAAGGCGAAAAGAGUGGCCAGCAGCCCUGUCGGGGGGAUGGUGGGGGACCCUUUUUACGAGAUCGCUAUGAUUCAAGAUCCAGGAGGUAUCGUUGGACGGUGACGGGGCUAGUGAGUUGGGGCGAGGGUUGCGGAACAAAAGGGCGUUACAAUUUCUUCACUCGUGUUGAGCCAUAUUUUGAUUGGAUAACAGAAACUAUGAAUCCGCCAAAAAGAGGCGGACGAAGAUUACGAAGGCAGCGUAAGAGAAAUCGAAGGAACUAGCGUGAAAUCGGGAAAAAUAGCGCAAGUGAAAUAAAAAAAGAUACCCCCAGACAGCUGCACUAAUUUAAAGGAUGAAAUAUAUCUGGUGUUAAAUGGUUAAAUUUGGAAAAGAAGAAGACCAAGAGCUUCGUUUUGUAAGAUUCACGUCGUAACUUUGAAAGAGAGGGUUUUUGAGGUGGGUCGGCCCGAUCAUAACUUUCCAAUUUUUAUAAAUAAUAAAAAUACAAUCAAAUAUAUUAACUUGAAAAUAAAGUUCUCCCUUUUUUGUAAGGGAAGGAUUAAAAGAUAAAGAGCGAAUUCUAUUUGGAGAAGGUGGUUAAUCAAUUUUUAAGAAAUCCAGACGUUCAUGUUGCAUGUUUUCUACGGUUAUUGUAAUUCACAAUUCAUAUAGAUAUACACUGUACAUUGUUUCGGAUCUUAUUGAUUUUGAAUAUAUUUAAAUGAGGACCUCAAUCUGAGCCCCCAGAAAGGAUAUGAGUUGAUUUCCUGGUUUAAUAUUGUUUACUGGACUUUUGUUAACUUCAUUAUAUUUUUCAAAGUAAAAAGUAAAAACCGGGUCGAGCCACUUUAUGCCCAUACCAAGAGAAAGCUUAUGACUUACACUAGGAGGUAUAUUAAUAAUGGAAAUAAUAUAACACUGAAAAACGAACGUAUGUUUGAAACGUUUAACUGACACAACAGAAAUGUUCGGUAACUGUAUAUAAUUUCAUCCGCAUCUCUUUGCGAUUUUUAAACCACGUAUCUGAAAAGAACACUCGCUUUCUCGGUUAAGUUCGGGAUUACAUAAACGCAGAAUUUAUUUACACGUUGAUGUUUGAAAAAAAGCUUUAUUUUUCUCUUUUCUGUGUCUUUUUCUGAGUUCUGAGUUUUUUCAAGACUUGCUUUACUAGAAACACAUGUAACGAAAAAUAGCAGAAAAGAACAUUUUAUAUAUUGCGAGAAAUUUAAUAAGCCAGUUGUUUUGGAUGGAUGUCUAGUAUUCAGGAUAUGUAAUAAUGUAGUUCGAAUAGUGAAUAAAGUGCCCCGG